CCUGCAUUCUGCACGUGCAUGCUUGUGGUGGAUGACCAGGCCUUACCAACCAGCCUUCUUAAUUGCUCAGACAUAAUUCUGUUGCAGGUGGAGAGUCCACAACGCUGGGGAGGCCGACCCUAACCGCCCACUCCCUGCAGCCCAGUCUGACCUGCGAGUCGGAUGUGGAGGUCGAGGUGAAGAUGGGCGCGCUGGAGGACGAACAGCUGGGGCUAGUGGUGACCAGGUGCUACUCGCUCCACCACGAAGAGGGCGGCGGGAGCUGUGAUGGAGGACACGAGGACAGCGGGCAGAAGGCGGCCAAGGACGACGGAGCAGGGGACCAGGACGACGGGGAGCAUCUAAAGGCUCCAGAGCGAAAGAAGCGUGUCCGGGGUGGCCAAAAGACACACGAGUGUGGGGAAUGCAAGAAGCGUUUUAGCCAGAAAUGUAACCUUGAUGUUCACAUCCGGACCCACACUGGCGAGAAACCAUAUAAAUGCGACACAUGUAGCAAAAGGUUCACACAAAAAUAUACCCUUGACUGCCACGUCAGGACCCACACCGGCGAGAAACCAUAUAAAUGUGAGGUUUGCGAGAAGCGGUUUACCAAUAAAAACUGCAUUGACUACCACAUGAGGACCCACACCGGCGAGAAACCAUAUAACUGUGAGGUUUGUGGGAAGCGGUUUACCCAUAAAAGCGCCAUUGAAUACCACAUUAGGACCCACACCGGCGAGAAACCCUAUAAAUGUAAGGUUUGUGAGAAGCGGUUUACCCAAAAAGGCGGCAUUGAUUACCACAUGAGGACCCACACGGGCGAGAAACCUUAUAAAUGCGACACGUGUAACAAACGGUUUAGACAGAAAAGUGUACUUAAUUCACACCUCAGGACCCACGCUGGCGGUGCUCCUGUUGCAGGUGGAGAGUUGCAGACCGCCCGCUCCCCGCAGGUCCCAGGUGAGCUGUGCAAGUCGGAUGUGGAGGUUGAGGAGAAGAUCGCCCUGCUGGAGGGUAAUGAGCAGCUUGGGCUGGUGGUGACUGAGUGCUACUCGCUCCACCGCGCUGAUGCCGACGAGAGAUAUGACGAAGGAGGACACGAGGACGGGGACCACGAGGACGAGCACCACGAGGACGGCGGGCAGGAGGCGGCCGAGGACGAAGGUUGCUCCGGGCACCAUGACGACGGGGAACAGCAGAGGGCUCCAGUGCGGAAGAGUUGUGUCCGGAGCGCCAAAAAGACGUACGAGUGUGUGGAAUGCAAGAAGCGUUUUAGCCAGAAAUGUAACCUUGAUGUUCACGUCCGGACCCACACUGGCGAGAAACCAUAUAAAUGCAAUGAUUGCAAAAAGAGUUUUAGCCAG